CGCCGCCGCCGCCGGCCACGUGCCGCUCCCUCCCGGCGGCCAUCGCGGUAUCCGUUCUAGGUCUGGUGGUCACUCUUGUCCGCCCGAGGAGGCCGCUCUAGCCUCUCCCUCUCUAUGGGAUGGCGGGGGCGGAAGUGCUGGCCUCCCGGCGAGCCCCGCGCCAGGCGGAAGCGGAAGCGUGGAAGCCCGAGGAGCUCCUGCUAGACUGACAGAGCGAGCGAGCGAGCGAGCGAGCGACCCACCGACCAGGGCCGGGCCUGCGUGUGGGCGACGGGCGCCAUGGCAGCGGCUCGGGCUGGGCUCGGCCUGGCGCGGGGAGGAGCCGGUGAGCUGGCAUGUAGUGAUUCUGUGAUUCUACCCUGAAUUCCAUUAAGCCAUGGGGGAAAACAGUCCUGAGAAUGUAAUCUAUUAUGAAGUGGAGGAAGAUGAUUUGGUCCAGGAUGAAAAACUAUUGAGGUUUGUGGACAAGAAUGGCCUUGUCCCAUCCUCAUCCGGGACUGUGUACGACAGGACAACAGUUCUCAUUGAACAAGACCAAGGGCCACUGGAAGAUGAGGAGGAUGACGGGCCAUGUGGGGAUCACCUGCCUUUUCUCCCUGAUGGUCAUGAGGACAGGUUUCAUUUGAUAGCUGACCAUGAAGGAAUGUCCCAGGGUUAUGUCCAGCACAUUAUUUCUCCAGAUCAGAUUCAUUUGACUAUCAAUCCUGGCUCAACUCCCAUGCCACGAAACAUCGAAGGAGCCACCCUCACUUUGCAGUCAGAGUGCCCUGAGACCAAGCUCAAAGAAGUGAAGCGCUACCAGUGCACAUUUGAGGGUUGCCCUCGUACCUACAGCACUGCAGGCAAUCUGCGCACCCACCAGAAGACGCACCGAGGCGAAUACACCUUUGUGUGCAACCAGGAGGGAUGUGGGAAGGCCUUUUUGACUUCCUAUAGUCUCAAAAUCCAUGUUCGUGUCCACACUAAGGAGAAGCCUUUUGAGUGUGAUGUUCAUGGCUGUGAAAAAGCCUUCAAUACAUUGUACAGGCUGAAAGCCCAUCAGAGGCUUCACACAGGGAAAACGUUUAACUGUGAAUCAGAGGGUUGCAGCAAGUACUUCACCACGCUCAGUGAUCUGCGGAAACACAUUCGGACUCAUACAGGAGAGAAGCCGUUCAGGUGUGAUCAUGAUGGCUGUGGAAAAGCCUUUGCUGCAAGCCACCACCUAAAAACACACGUCAGGACGCAUACAGGUGAGAGACCUUUCUUCUGUCCCAGCAAUGGCUGUGAAAAGACCUUCAGCACACAGUAUAGUCUCAAGAGCCACAUGAAAGGACAUGAGAAAGGGCCGUCCUACACUGUGCUCUCCAACAGCAACAUCUCUGAGGAUACAAACCACUCCCUCUGUCUGAGCGACUUGAGCCUCAUGUCCACAGAUUCAGAACUGCGAGAUAAUUCGAAUCCAAUGCACGGACAGGACCUAAGCACUAUCUCACCAGCAAGCAUCUUUGAGUCUAUGUUCCAGAGCCCAGAGCCUCCUGCAACUCAGGAAGACUCUCAGCACACAGCCACCUUGAUGGAAGAUUUUGUGGAUGAUACCAAGCCAGCUUCUGCUGCCCAGCCGCCUGCCGGAGAGGCCACACCACUCUCCCUGCCACUGGUCCUGCAGCUCGGCAUCUCGGAGCCUGCUCCCUCGGCACUGCCUCCUGUCCCCACUGGGACUCAGCAGGCGGCAUACGGAGGAGCCCCGGCCAUGAUCCUCCAGUCCCCAGAAGUGCCUGCUUCUAACAGCACACUCUUUGCAGCCAAUUCCCAGGAGUUCCUGCAACACAUUCAGACCCCUCCGCAGCCCAUUGGGACUGGACGCUCUCUAGUCACAGGGGCCCCUGCGCCGACCGCAUCGAGUGCCCCCGAGGCCCUGCCCAGUGGGGUUCAGCCUGUGCCUGUGGGAGGGAGCUCUGUGCUUGCUGGCAGCCCAACCAUCACCAUCACCCCGUCGCAGAGUGCCGCCAUCCUCCAGUCCAGCAUUGUCAUGGGGGAGCCCAACCUCCAGUGGAUUUUAAAUGGGGCCACCAGGACGCCGCAGAACCAAGAGCAAAUGCCACAGGCCCCCGUGGUGGAGAAGGUCUUCUUUACUACUGCCCUGCCUGUUGCUGGCAACACAGGGAGCUCUGUGCAGCAGAUUGGCCUGAGUGUGCCCGUGAUCAUCAUCAAGCAAGAGGAAGCCUGCCAGUGCCAGUGUGCCUGCCGGGACUCGGGCAAGGACAAAGCCGCCAGCAGCAGCAGCAGCAGCAGCAGCAGGGAACCUCCUGCACCAGGGCCUCCGCCUCAAGCCUUCCCUGUUGUCAUUGCUGCCACAGCUGCCGCCGCCACGUCGUCGUCCUCCUCCUCCUCCUCCUCCUCCGCCGCUGCUGCCCUCUCAUCCACGUUGCCUCCUCCUUGUGAGCAGAGCACCCUGGCAGGAAACCCGCCAGACCCACCGACCCAAUCCCUAAGUGCCAUGGACGUCUCGGACUUUCUCUCGCUCCAGAGCCUCGAGACCCCCUCUCCGCUGAUCCCCGUUGAAGCCCUUCUGCAAGGGGAGGAGGAACUUGCCCUGGGCAGCAGCUUCCCCAAGUGAAGCCCGCUUACCCUGGCCCAAGGCGGGGGCAGAAGGAUUAGCCGGGGGCGCUGCUCCCUCUGGGGAGAGGCCUGUCUGUAGAGAGGUGGCAAAGGCAUGCCAAGACCUCUGGGCCCUGCUGGGGCCGUGGCCGUGGCCCGGAGUCUCACAGAGGGGGCUGGCUGCUCUCUAGUUGCACCUUGGAGGGGGAGAGGGGCAGGCGGCACGUGAGGUUCUUGUUACAGCUCCUGGGGGUGUCUUCAGUACUGCGUGUGCCCUACUAUAAAUGGGGAGGGAGAAGAGAAGGUGGUCCUUGUGUGGGAGAGGUCAGACAGCGAGGCGAACUCCUCUUUUAGAGGCAGCUGCACUUUGCAUGGUGGUGUUGCCAAGGUUCAUGCUGGGGGCUGAACACGCUCACCCAGAGUGGCUCUGUGCACUAAAGGGCCAAGUGCCAGGCACCUCUCUUCAGAGUUUGCACAUGAGUAGGGGGACGUGCUCUGUCGUGGCCACUGGGUUUCCACCUCUCCCGUAGAGAUCCUGCUUCAUAGUGGAGUGCUACGCUGUCUCCCCAGAGACAGCGGCUUUGGGGUGUUUACACAGAGUUCAGGGGCAAGGAGAAUUUGCACUGUUGCCGCUUUACCAGAACCACGUGCUCAGCAUAGCCGCUUGAGGCAUAGCAAAGGCACCCACUGGAGCCUAGCAGGUUUUGCUUGGGAUGGGCAGAGACUUCUGUAUAGGCCUCCGUUUUGAUCAGGCAGGGCUGGCUCUAGUCACGAAGGCGCCAUCUCGCCAGUUCCAGCAAUGCAUAUCCAUGGUACGUGCUGCCUAACCCUGCGGCUGCCCGUUGCCACUGUGUCCCUGCAGCAGCUUCCUUGGUAGUGAGUGGGCACUGAGCUCGUUGGCCCUUCAGCUCUUCCCAAAGGCUUCUUCUUUCCUUCCCAGUGUCCAGCCUUGCCCUCAGCUGCCCGUGCCAGAAAGUGCAGCCUCUGUUUCCUAACUUUCUCAGGGUAAAAUCCUCUCGGACUCCCCUCUGCCCCAAAGCCUGUGAAGUCUUGAUCUGCGUAGUCUCCUUUUGUUUUACUGAUCACACAUGGUUGCUUCGUGGGCAUUGAUGGUCAUCUUUCUGGAUUUGGUGGCCAGUCCCUCUGCAUGCUGGGCAGGAAGGCCUUUCUAAUUGUCUGAUGUGAUGGCUGUGGGGAAGGUUCUUGCAUGCGGAGAGGCAACCUGGCUGGCACAAGGACUGUAGAUGGAGGCCUGGAUGUUGUUGGGCUGCAGCAGCUGAAUGGCCUGCUGUCCCUGGACUGGGGGGCAGAGGGGAGAUUCUUCCCCCCCCCACCUUGGGAAAAAUCAACACAGUCAGCGGUGUUGCCUUCCAAGGGACAGCUCUGCAGCUUGGCACACCAUGCUGGCUUCCUAGCUCUCGCUGCAUCCUCAACGGCUUUCUCCAUUUGUAGGAGACUCGGACGGGCAGAGUAGGGAAUGCCGGUUCAUGGAGUGGUGACUUGUUGACAUGAGCGUGCUCUGAAUUGCUGCCGCUCUGCUUCGUCCACCCUGGUAGAGUAGCGCAUGGAUGGAGGUGGGGUGCAGAACAGCCUUGGGACCCAUUCUUAGCAAGGCCUUUGGGUGAGUCUCCUUUAUUAUGAAAUGGAACUCGUACCAGUCUUAGGAGUGCCCGUCUCCCUCUCUUGCGUCCUGGUGAGACUUGCAUUGCCUGAGGUAUGGGCCCCCACAGUGGGCAGGCAGAGAUCCCUCUUUUAGGGUCGCGUGCCACAGGAAGGGAAGUUGGAAACCUCCUAGCAGGAGCUCUGUGGGAGCACUGCCGUGCCUGGACAUACGUAGGUCCCAGGAACUCCAAGACUUCCUGCUUCCCCAGCUGGCUCUGCUGAGGGCUUGAGCUGGUUGUGCUGAGAGCCCAGGCUGCAGAUUGGGGAGUUCUCCGCUGAAAGGCUGCUGGGGAGGGAAGGGGAUGCCUGGACUUUGCUGCAUUUGCUGGAAGCUGCUGCUGGAGUCGAGAAAGUAUUUGCCUGGGGCUGCUCCAUUGACAUAUGCUGGGCUCUAAAAUGCACUUUAGUUCUCUUUAAGCCGACUGCUGCAAUUUCAUUUGUAAAUACUUUUCAUAAAGUUAUUAGGUUUUUUCCUUUUUGCUCUGAGUAAAGUUAAUGUGGUUGUGCAAAAAGAAGAGCACUUAACCUCAGUGCAAUAUGUGUAGCUAGAAGUGGUGUCCACGUGCGCUCUGUGUGUGUGUGCCUGUGGGUGCGUGCGUGCACACGCAAGCGUGAGAGGGACGGAUUCAGAUGGAUGGAUUCCAUGUGGGAACCAGCUCAGUGAUGGGUGCCCCUCCCUCUUCUGACUUGUGCAUCCUUAAGCAAAUGUCCAGACUAUGCAAAACCUCCACUGGGAGCUUGAACUUAAUGGGAUCACUUCUGCGCUUUCUGAGGUGACUUUGGUCACUAUUUGGAUACAGAGUUGAGCAACUGCCAUCCUCCUCUUCCGGUGCCCUGCAUAGUGGAAGGGGCCAGAGGAGAGUCAAGCAGUCUAUCUUUAGAUGGGCUUGUAGCACCUUCUAGGGCUGAUCUUCCUGAUGUCACAUUCCUGCCUUACUUCACUGCAAGGGGCUCUCCACCAGAAGUGGCAGAGCCCUGCAGAUGACAUUUCUAAAGAAGUUGUGAUCUCCUGGCCGGCACCUUCCCUGAGUACAUGCACAGCGAUGCGGAGGAGGCAACAGCUGCAUUGCUGACUGCAUCCCCUCCUUUGCACAACCAGAAAGCUCUUUGCAGAGAUGGUGAAUGGCUAGGGAUGUGUACAGAACUGGCGGGGGCCAGUUCAACAGCGGGGCAGGGGGGAUGCCCUUAAGGGUGGGGGAGGAUGCACUCCCCCACCAUUUCCCCCACUGGCAUGCAACAUCCAAAAAGCCAGUCCGGGCGGCAGCAUACCUCCCUGCCACCGUUGCAACAUUUACUGGAUAUA